UAAUGAGUAAUUUAAUGAUUGAUUGACAGACGAUGUUGAGUUGAGGUUAGGGAGGCUGUAUUUGUUAUGAUAGAGUUGUGUUAAUAAUUAAAUAAUUUAUAUAUUAGCAAAAAAAUAUGUUUAUCAUUUUUUAAAUUUGUGCUAAACUGACGAAAAUGGCAGCGGACUUAGUUGGUGACAUGGAAUUGACAGAACCAUUGCUUUGGAAUGACUACAACAGUGGAAGGAAACCUGAAAAACAUGCUGAAUUAAUCAAGAAAAUAAAUGCAAAGAACGCCAAAUUUAUUGCUUUUGGUCUUAUUCUUGGAUUUAUUCUUUAUCACGGAUUAAUACACUUGCGAUAUGGUAACAACUCGUGCAAGUGGCUGUUAUCAGACGGCCGUUACAAGGGAGAUAUGGAGUGGCAGCCCUACGGCUGCAUGAUGCACAAGUAUAGUCAAACGGACACCCGCCGAUGUAUGCGCUACUUGGCGUUCUGGGGGCGAUACAACCAGUUUGUCUUCAUCGGAGACUCACGGGUGUACCAGAUGUACCUGGCGUUCCUAGACCAUCUGACCGGCCACACCAGUCGUCCUCAGCCCGUUCCGUCCAAUCACAACUUCAACGACACACAGCUCAAACUCACCGUCACCUACGUGCACAGCCCCUUUGUCUCCGACACUAUGGUUCAGAUGUUCCACGUCUGGCAGAAAGCAAAACCACCUCCAAGUGUGAUCGUGGCCGGUGCUGCAGCGUGGUCCAUCAGAUAUGGCAAUGAUUCUACAAAGGCAGUGGAGGAAUACACUUACAAUCUCACCAGGCUGGUUGAUAGCAUGGACAAGAUUGUAGACAACAAGGGCCAGGUGCUGUGGGCGCUGCAGGAACCUGUCAGUGAUGAGAAGGCGGUGGAAACCAACACCAGAAUAGAUUUAUACAACAGAGCGGCUAUGGAGGUUUUAGAGCACAGCAAGGUGGAGGUAUGGUCUAGUUGUAGACUGGUAGCCCAGACCAAGCAGCCAGGUCAGGCAAUAUAUUUGCAUGACACACAGAUCCUACUCAACUCCUACUGUAACGAUCACAUGAACUACAACGACGGAACGUGCUGCAGCAGCGCAGAGCCUUACACGUCACUUCAGGUCGUCACCUUCUCCGUUCUGGCUGUCUGUUUUAUCCUGGGCUGUGGUAUGGCAGUGAAGCGCAAGCUGCAAGGAUUGCGGGCAGACCCUCCCACUGCCGGGUACAUCCUGACUACAAGCCUAGCCAAACUGGGGCUUAUCAUGGCCUACUUUUAUCUCUGUGACAGGACUAACUUCUUCAUGAAAGAGAACAAGUACUACUCGCCAGUGAGUUUUUGGCUGCCGAUAGGCUACGUGUUUGCUCUCGGACUCUUCUUCACAGAGGACAGUCGCUACACCAAGGUGCUGCACCGGGACCAGACAGAGGAGUGGAAAGGCUGGAUGCAGUUGGUGAUUCUGAUCUACAACAUGACAGGUGCCACCAGUAACCUCCAGAUAUACAACCAUGUCCGUAUGCUGAUAUCAGCAUACCUCUUCCUGAACGGCUAUGGACACUUCUACUAUCUCUGGCAUCGCAGCGACGCAGGCAUAGUGCGCUUCUUUCAGGUUUUGUUCCGGCUCAACAUGACCACAGUGAUCCUCUGCCUCUGUAUGAACCGGCCGUACCAGUUUUACUACUACGUUCCGGUGGUGUCGUUCUGGUUCUCACUGCUGUACCUGGUGUUGGUGGCACCUCCGAGGGUGACAGCAGCCUCCUGUGAGCACAACCCCCUCCACUACCUCUACCUGGUGCUCAAGCUCGUCGGCCUAUUCAGUUUUAUAAUCAUGCUCUAUAUGUCCGAGGUGUUCUUCGACAAGGUGUUUGUGACACGGCCGUGGAAGGCUUUGUUUGUCACAACCGACGAUGACAUACACGAGUGGUGGUUCCGGUGGAAGCUCGACCGCUACAGUACCUCAUAUGGAGCUGUGUUUGCCAUGAUGUUGCUGUUCGCACAGAACAGCAGUCUUGUGGACGACAACAACCACAGCAAUCUGUUCACGUCCCGCAUCGCUUUGUGUUCUGUGUUCAUUGCGUUCGUCGGUCUCGGCUGCUCUUCCACCUUCGCCCUACUCUGCCAGACCAAGGCCGAGUGUAACGAAGUACACUCCUACACUGUCUUCAUUCCGGUGACUAUGUGUUUUUUUCUGCGCAACGUGUCGGGUAUCCUGCGGACGCGCUACUCCAGCUUCUUUGCGUGGUUUGGCCGCUAUCCUCUGGAGCUGUUUGUAACACAGUACCACGUGUGGCUAGCUGCGGAUAACCACGGCGUGCUAGUGCUGCUACCUGGCUACCCAGUGCUGAAUGUUCUCAUCUCCUGCUUCAUCAUGGUCUGUGUCACACAUGAGCUUCAUGACCUGACACGAGCACUGCUACCGUUUGCGGUGCCCAACGACUGGAGGCUUGUGCUGAGGAACAUAGGACUGUUCCUGAUGGUGCUGAUACCCAUUGGUAUCCACGACGGAAUGUUUUGAGAAACCAGCACUCAGUUACCGAUGCAUGGGUCAGAGGAAAUGCAUCAUUUCUACAAGGUGAUGGUGAAUAAGUUUCACAUGUACUUCUCCACUUGGGAUCUCCAUUUCUAGAUCAACACUUAGCCGUAAGUUAGGUCUUAGUUUAAGUUACACGCAUAAUUAAGACUGUUUGAGAAUUUAAAUUAUUUUACGUUGUAUCCGUAGUACAUUGAAAAUGUGUAGCUGUAAGAAAUUAUGUACAUUUAUUUUCGGUUCAAGCCUAUUUAUUGUGUUCAUUAAAAAAAAAUGUAGUUGUUAAGAUUUACAUUUUAAAACAUUAUUGAAUGUGACUUUGUAAAAACUUUAUAAAAUUAUAUUUUGAGGGAGUUCUUUACUACUACA